AGCACCAAUCAGGAAAUCGCGUCCGCGGGAAAAAGGAGUAGGCCCGCCUACCGCACGUCACGUGGGUGAUGUCACGUGACCCAACCAGGCGCUUCCUUGAGUCACGUGACCUGAGUCUCUCCUCCUAGAGGAAGAAGAUGGGCAUGGCGAAGCGGGCGCUCCCGCGUCUGGUGGCCUCGCUGCGGCCGCUCAGCUCAACAGCUGGUACGCUUCCCAAGCACGUUAAAAUCGUUGAGGUUGGUCCAAGGGAUGGCCUGCAGAAUGAAAAGAACAUUGUCCCCACUCAAGUGAAGAUAGACUUCAUUAAUAUGCUGUCAGAAACUGGUCUUUCAGUCAUAGAAGCUACCAGUUUUGUGUCUCCUAAAUGGGUUCCUCAGAUGGCGGACCAUGCUGAAGUCAUGCAAGGAAUUCGCAAGGUUUCAGGCAUCAACUACCCUGUUCUGACCCCCAAUCUCAAAGGCUUUCAAGCAGCGGUGGCAGCAGGAGCCAAAGAGGUGUCAAUCUUUGGAGCGGCCUCGGAGCUCUUCACAAAGAAGAAUAUCAACUGCUCCAUUGACGAAAGCCUGCAGAGAUUUAGUGAUGUGCUGAGUGCAGCGAAAGAGGGCAGCAUCCCAGUCCGAGGAUAUGUCUCCUGCGUCCUUGGCUGUCCUUAUGAAGGAAAGAUUGCUCCCGCUAAAGUAGCAGAAGUAUCGAAGAAAAUGUAUGCCAUGGGGUGCUAUGAGAUUUCCCUGGGUGACACCAUUGGUGUUGGGACACCUGGUAACAUGAAAGAGAUGCUAUCUGUGGUCAUGAAAGAGGUGCCUGUCGGGGCUCUUGCAGUGCAUUGCCAUGAUACUUACGGACAGGCUCUUGCCAAUACGCUAGUGGCACUCCAGAUGGGUGUGAACGUAGUCGAUUCCUCAGUGGCUGGCCUCGGGGGCUGCCCCUAUGCACAAGGAGCAUCCGGGAAUGUGGCAACUGAAGACAUGGUGUAUAUGCUUCAUGGCCUGGGCAUCCAUACAGGUGUGGAACUACCAAAGCUCCUUGAAGCCGGCUCCUUCAUCUGCAAAGCGUUAAACAGGAGGACGAAUUCAAAAGUGGCUCAGGCGUCCUGCAAACUGUGAGAUGGGCUGUGCCUUUACCAGACUUGCUGGGAGCAAAAGGGCAGUGCUGGCCUGACAUCUGCCAUGGAGGCCGGCUUCCCUAGUUUUGUUGAAGCACUCUUUGCCAGCCUUGGGACUAGAUGGCAGGACAGUCAAGGUUUACAGUUAAACUGGUCGGGGAAGCUGUAUGCACUUGAACCUUGCUGGAUCCCUAGGGCCACUUUGAAGAGAACUCUAGUUGCUGCUGGACUCCAAGGAGCAAGCUGGUCACUGCAGAAGCAGUCUUGGUUCUGGCUGUUUCAUUUGCUCCUUCUGAGCCAACUUUGCAGUUUGGGAUAAUUCUACAUGGAAGAAAAAAUCCUCUUGGGAUAAAUUACAGAUCACACCGGUAGUCUUCUCAGUCCCUUCUCCACAGCAUUUCAGCACACACUGACAACAGCAAACUCAUUGAUGGAGCAAAAUCAGUCAAUUACUCUAUUGUGCCACUUGCUGAUUGAUGCAGUCCUAUCGAGUUGCAUUUAAGGUCAUCUAACUCAGAGGGCUGUCCUGCAAAACACCUGCCUUGAUGCACUUUUGCUGCCUGGCCUUUCAGGAAGGUCGGCGUCAUACUGGCAGUUUUCUCCAGCAGAUCAGCAGUUUCCAGGGAGAAUAUUCCAGCCACUUUCACACUUGUGGUACAAACACGUUUGUUUUGAAGAGCUCCAUUGGGCAAGAAAUUAUUCUGUGCAACAUGCGAUCGUGCCUUUUCCAGACAGAAUUACUCCUGUGACCUUACUCAUUGGCAGCCAGUUGAAUGGAAAAGAAAUACUUCUUACUCUUUUUUUUUUAAUAAAAUGUAUUUUGUCUUUGAAUCUAUUUAAGAAUUAUUUAGUUCCCCAAUAAAGGUGGUUUCUGUUUCA